UUUUCAUAUUUGCUUGAUUUAACCAACUUUGAGUUUCCAUUUGAAUUAAGGAAUGGCUCCAGGAAUUAAGGAAAAGCUUCAAAUGAAAAACAAAUUUAGCACAUCUCAAUCAGAUUGUGGACGCCAUGCAUCGAAGAAAGUUUCACCAAAGUUUGUGACUCUGGGAGGAAUUAAAGGAGUUUUAGGAAAAACAAAUAUGGCAUCUGAUGGCAAAAGUAUUAGUACAAGAAAUGAGACCCUUGUACAAAAUAUUUCAUCUAAAAGAUGUGCAACAACUACAACACAAUUAAGUCCGGAACGAGAGGAUACUGGAUCAAUUCAAAGUCAUGAAAGUGCAGCAAAUUGCAGUCCUCAUAUUACAUCACCAGAAACCCACGUUGAAGGAGCUCCUCGCUCCAAGAAAAGAGGUCGGGGUCAGACAAUGGGAAAGGGCAUUAUGAAGGCGUUUGAGGCAUCCAAGACAAAGAUGAAGAUAACUGUGGAUCCAUCCGUUGGAAGACCUAAAAAUGGUGAGCAGUCAGCAAAACUGUCUAGUCAAAUUGGUAUUGUGACUCGUGAUGUGAUUCCAGUUCCUAGAAGGUGGAAAGAAGUAGAUGAGGAA